AUGGCCCCCACACGACCUGAUCAACCUCUGAAUCUGAACUUGUCAUCUUUACCCAAUAUCUCAGAUCCAUCCACGAUACAGUCGAUCAAGUCCCCGUUUUCAGGCGCAAAAUCAACUCCCACUGGCCUCGCCAGUCUGUCAGGUGCAAGAAUGGGAGCUGGCUCCCCUUUGCAUGACCAGGCUGCUCGUCUCUUCCCAAAACGGACCCGUGAGCUGCAGUCUGCUAAUGGCCUAUCCCCUAAUAUCUGGGGUCCUCCCACGAGUGGUACCUCCACACCUUUGUUCGAGAUACCGGAGUCUCCAAACCAGGAUGGAUUUCCUGAUCUCGUGCCCCUCACCGAGACCGGCAUCAAUAGUCCCGCAAGGCGUGGUAGAGCGGGCACUCUGCCAUCUCGAAUCUCCGCUCCCAGCGCGAUUGCCAGUACCAACACCAGCACGGCGUCGAAGACCUCAAGACCUACGCCAUCCACCAGUCCGUUCAGACCGGGAUCAGCUGCUGAAACUGCUUUCAACAAUGCACUGACUAACAACAAUCCGAGCACAGCCACGCUACUGUCACGCCUCCGUGCCGGUAGCAUGCCACAGAGAGCCAGUAUACUGGGUCAGUCUAAUGUCUUCAGCGGACAGUCCACCUUCACCCCCUCCUGGGGCAGCGGUCGUGCUCGCGCUGCAACUCUGAACAGUAUCUCCUCGGCGGAAGACGCCGCUUCCCCUUCACAGCCUGCUUAUAGCAAAGAUGGCAUGAACGAUGCCGGCGUACGGACUCUUGACUAUCUUGGGCUCGCCGAAACGCCCCAGCAAACCCGUGCAGAGCCAUUGCGAGCUCUUCCAGCAGACGUCGACGCUGCCGAUCAGCCUCUAGACUCUCUAUCCGCUUUUCACCGGAGCAAUCCUUCGAACCGAUUCCGUUCUUUCUCGGUGAAUACACAACCUCAGCCAUAUGGCUUCGACACGCUCGAGAAUGCAGGAAUCCUACGUAAUGGUGCAUUGACUCCUGGCGCUGCUGCUGCCAUGGAGGCCGAGUUCGAAGCAGUACAAGAGAAAGUCCGCCUCCACAAUCAAGCUGUUCAAGCUUUCGCAGUCAAUGCAAUGGCAGCCAGACCUCGUGCUAGUACGGCUGGCUUGGUGGAGACACCCCAGCGUACAGCCAUGAGAGACUAUGUGCAGGGCACUAACCUUGCGGAAGGCUAUGCUGGCAGUGAUAUGCAAAUGCAUGGUCACGAACUUGCCAACGCUCUCAGUGACCUCAAUUUGUCCAACAACACGGUACAACAUGGCGAGAGCUACGAUGAAGCUGAUCUGCAGCCCUCACGGUCCUUAUGGAUUGGCUCAAUCCCGAACUCGACGACCAUGUCAUCUCUCGAUGCUAUCUUCUGUCGGUUUGGCGCAAUCGAAUCCACCCGAGUACUCACUCACAAGAAUUGCGGUUUCGUCAAUUUCGAAUCAUCCGAGCAUGCUAUUCGCGCGCGACUCGCUUUGAACAACAAGGAGAUCUUCCCUGGAUCAGGUCCAGUACGGAUUGGGUUCGCCAAAGCACCAACGUCCACCGCCAUGACGCCCAACGAGUCAGCACUAACGCCAACUUCUGCUGAAAUGAACACUCCUGGCGUUGGCGACGGUUCUUCCGGCGCCGCGAAGAUCAGCUCGGUAGCUCAUACAUCGUUGGGUGAUUCACUGAGCGAGUUGCAACCCGAGAUUCAGCAGAUUGUCGGUGACUUCGGAGCCAGUCCCCCAGACAUGGCAACUAUAGCUGCGAACGUCUCCAGUGCCGCCAGCUACGCUCCGGUUCUGCGAGAGAUUCCGGCUGUUCCUGAGCCGAACUCCGCUCGGAUGUACGAUGCUCCCAGACUUCGCGAUAUUCGUAAGAGGAUAGACAAUGGCACUUGUGGGCUCCAGGAGAUUGAGCAGAUCGCAAUUGAUAUGCUUCCCGAGAUUGCCGAGCUCGCGUCAGAUUAUCUAGGCAAUACAGUCGUCCAGAAGUUGUUCGAGUUCAGCUCGGAGCAAAUCAAGGAACAGAUGCUCAUGCAAAUUGCACCUCAUCUUGCCGAGAUAGGUGUGCACAAGAACGGUACCUGGGCGGCGCAGAAGAUCAUCGACGUCUGCAAAACAGAAAGUCAAACUCAACUCAUCGUCGAAAGCCUUCGACCGUACACCAUUCCAUUGUUCAUGGACCAGUACGGCAACUACGUUCUGCAAUGUUGCCUGCGCUUCGGAGCACCAUACACAGACUUCAUCUUCGAGAUGAUGCUUAGCCAUGUCAACGAGAUCUCUCAAGGACGAUUCGGUGCUCGUGCAAUGCGGGCUUGCCUCGAGUCCCACUAUGCUACCAAAUCGCAGCAGCGCAUGCUCGCAGCUGCUGUUGCUCUUUCCAGUAUGCAGCUUGCAACCAACGCCAAUGGUGCUUUGCUACUGACCUGGCUCCUUGAUACAUGUUCGUUUCCUCGUCGCCGGACAGUGCUCGCGCCCCGCCUGGUGCCUCACCUUGUCCAGCUAUGCACCCACAAGGUCGCGUAUCUGACAGUUCUCAAAAUUAUUAACCAACGCAAUGAGCCUGAAGCGCGCGACAUGAUCCUCAAAGCUCUCUUCUUCAGCAAUAAUGACACGGUUUUGGAGCACAUUCUUCGCGACCAAACUUCGGGGGUGACAUUGAUCUUCAAGAUUUUGACAACGCCUUUCCUCGACGACGGCCUUCGUCCAGACAUCGUUCGCAACAUCACUAAGAUCUUGAGUAAGAUCAAAGCACAACCAAAUCAAGGAUACAAGCGCUUGAUGGAUGAGGUUGGCAUGUCCUCUCGAGGCGGGCAAGCACCACCACAGCCAUUUUCUAACUCACCCGUGGGUAACGACCGUCAGCGUCCGAUGACGCAGCCCUCGCCCCUUACACAGCCAUCUGCCUUCCAGCGCCAGUAUAAUGGGGCCUUUAUGCCCGAUGCCGGUGCCAGUCCUGUUCGUUCUGGCUCGGCCGACCCCUUCGGCUAUCCUGGGUACAACAUCAAUGCUUUCGGACAGCAGCAGAACUAUAACGGAAUGCCAUAUCAACAAAUGAACCCUCAGGCACAGUAUCAAGGCUUUACUGCGCCAGCUCGUUCGGCAAGCGCAGGAUUCCCAGGCUCACCAUAUGGUGGUUUCAGCACACCACAGCCCUCAGUAGAUCCGUUCCGCAUGCCAAAUCAAGCAUCUCCAGUGUACUCAGGAAGUCCGGUCAAUGUCCUCCCGAAUAUGGCCAACAAUGUAUACAACUACCAGCAGCCACAACAGCAGCAAUAUUUCUAUCCGCCAUCUAUGCAGCCCGUGCACACUGCGGGGCGAGGAGGCAGACGGAUGAAUUUUUGA